AUGAAUCACGAUCCAUUCGCAUGGGGUAGACCCUCAGAUGCUCAUUAUGGUAAAUAUAAUCAUGAAAUUGCAAACGCCGGCUCAUAUCCAAGCAUGCACACUCAACAACCUAUCGUUACAGGUACCUCGGUUAUCUCAAUGAAGUAUAAAAAUGGUGUUGUAAUUGCGGCAGAUGUUCUAGGUUCUUAUGGUUCUUUGCUACGUUUCACUAAUGAAAAAAGAUUGUUUGUUGUUGGUAAGAGUUGUGUGGUUGGUGUAUCGGGUGAUAUGUCAGAUAUGCAAUAUAUAGAACGUUUAUUGCAAGAUAUGGAGAUUGAGAACAGCUAUGACAAUUCAUAUGAUGAAGACGCAGAAGCACUAAAGCCUAGUUACGUGUUUGAAUAUUUGGCAUCCUUGAUGUAUCAAAGAAGGUCGAAAAUGAACCCUCUAUGGAACGCCAUUAUCGUUACUGGUGUUGAAAACGACAAACCAUUCAUGAGGUACGUUGACUUAAGGGGUGUUAGGUACUCGUCUCCAAGUUUAGCCACAGGUUUUGGCGCUCAUUUAGCAAUUCCGUUAUUGAGGAAGAUAGCUGACGCUGAAAAGGAUGUGGAAAACAUUGAUAUGGAGACAGCUAGGGACACUAUAAUCGAGUGCAUGAAAGUAUUAUACUAUAGGGAUGCUCGUAGUUCUCGAAACUUCAAAUUAGCGAUCAUUGACAAAGACUCUGGUAUAGAUCUAAAAUCUCUAAAGGUAGAAAACAUGUCCUGGAGUUUCGCUAAGGAUAUCAGGGGUUACGGAACGCAGAAAGUUUAA